AUGGCAACAAAGAUGAAACAGAAAUAUGAGAAGUAUUGGGGAGAUGUUGACAAGAUGAACAAGUUGUUGUACAUAGCUGCCGUUUUAGAUCCACGGCGAAAGUUGCGCUUUAUUGGUUUCGCUCUCAAGUGGAUGUAUGAUGAUGAGAAAUCGGCUAGUGAUUUGACAAGUGAUGUCGAGGAGGCUACUUAUGAGUUGUAUGCUCAUUAUGAGAAUCAAGUAGGUGAAGCUUCAUCCUCCUCUCAAACAGAACUAGAUGAAGAUGGUGGAAACGUGGAUCUAAUUGCAGAGUAUAUGAAGCAAUUGCAAAAAGAAAGAGGUGUAGUCAACAAAACUGAGUUGGAUAGGUAUUUGAACGAGGAAGGUGAAAGAUCAAUGGAUCCCAAAUUUGAUGUGCUAUGCUGGUGGAAAGUAAACAGCCACAGGUUUCCAACUUUGUCUCGGAUGGCAAGGGAUGUAUUGGCUAUCCCUAUUUCUACAGUUUCCUCUGAAGCGGCUUUUAGCACUGGAGGGAGAGUACUGAAUGAUUUUAGGAGUUCUUUGACUCCUAAGAUUGUGGAGGCCCUUAUUUGUACUCAGGAUUGGCUCCGAGCAGACUCUAGUCCAUGUGUAGUUGAAGAAGAUUCAGAGGAGAUCGACAAUAUUGAUGAAGAGUUGAGCAUGGUGUUGAAGGCUAUUAACAUCUCUGAUGUUCCACUUCCUUUUACCAAUACCCCUUGUACGAGUCCUAUUAUACAGGCAAACGCAAACACGUGA